AAAACUUUUCCUUUCCUUAUUUUCCUUCCGCCCACCGUGAAAUAUCCAAACAGUGUAAUAGCUAAAACCCUGCAGAAAUCCUUUUGCCGCCUUCGAGCUCCUCAGCAGACCUCUCUCGUCCUUGCGCAGCUUCACUGUUUCCUCCUACUAAAGAAUCAAAAUGGCAGCUUCCAAAUUGUUAUUCUCUCGCAGUUUACUCUUCCGCUCUAACGCCCACACAGUUCUCUUUCCAAUCCCUUCACUUCUUCCAUCCAAAUCCCUCCAAUUCCAUCGGCUCUGUUCCUCCGCUGCCCUCCGCUCUGAUACCACUGAAACCUUAAAUUCCCUUCAACAACACCACCCCUGGCCUGAGUGGGUCUCCUUCGUAGACCGACUAAAGUCCAAGGGUUACUUCACUCCCAAUGUCACAAAUGAUGAUGCUACUGAGAGUAUUUACAAGGACAUGAAUCAAUUGAAAGACCCUUGUCUUAGCUUUGCUCGGGAUAGAUAUGAUUUAUUAAAGUCAUUGUCUGUGGGGGAGAUUCAAACAGUUCUGGAGGGUGGAUGUCCCAAUCUUUUUAGAAAAGUAGUGAAUUCUGCGAAAAGGUUGAGGGCCUACAUGGCAUUGGAUGAAGGAGAGGUUUGUGGGGCCUGCGAUCUGCGUGGAUCUUGUGACAGGGCUUAUGUGAUACUGAAGGAUGAUGAAGGAAAUGCUCGAACUGCGGAUAUAAUGCGAAUUCUAAUGUUCUAUGCACUAGAUCCACUCGUUAUUUCAGGGGAGGAAAAGCCUCCUGGUAGAGAAGUUGUUGAAGCAGCUGUAAGAAAGCUGCUCUCUGAGUUGAUUGAAUUAAGUGAAAAAACCCCUGAUCCACCAGUACUGAUGCCUGCUCCAAAAGCUGCCCAUCAGAAGAAACAAGAGAGGAGAUUUAGGGAUAACAAGGAGCCUCCUUUAUCUGAUGCAAUAUUAGAUGAAAAACUGUCUCGCGAUGUUGAAAUGAAGAGGGGAGAUUGGAGCUGUGCCAAAUGCAACUUUAUGAACUUCUCUAAAAAUAUACGAUGCCUAAAAUGUAACGGAGAAGGUCCCAAAAAAGUUGAUGUUGACGCUGAAAUGAAGCAAGGAGAUUGGAUAUGCCCCAAGUGUGAUUUCAUGAAUUUCUCUAGAAAUAUAAGAUGCCUAAAGUGCAAAACAGAGGGUCCAAAGAGAGUUGCUGUAAAUGAAGCACAAAUGAAGCCAGGAGAUUGGAAUUGCCCAGAAUGCGGAUUCAUGAACUUUGCAAACAAUAAGAUGUGUUUGCGCUGUCGAGAACAACGGCCUAAGAGACAGCUGAUUCCUGGAGAUUGGGAAUGCCCAGCGUGUGAUUUCUUGAAUUACAGUAGGAAUGUCUCCUGCAGAAAGUGCAAUCAUGAACGUCCAAAAGAAGCAACAACAGAGUCAAAGUAUGAAGAGCGGAUUUGGAGGAGCCCUCGUUAGUUGGGAAACUGAGCAGUGUUCUGUCAAUUUUGGAGAUGAUCAAGGACCGUCACAGUAUGAUGUAUAGCUUGUUUGGAAUUGUAGUUUAUACUUAUUCUUUUCUUUAAAAAACAUUUGUAGUUUUAUAUGUUGUGGGAAAAAAAAGGAUGUAAACUUAUUUGAAAUGCUCUCCAGUUCCUGUUGGAAAUUAUUAGUACCAUGCCCCUGUUAAGAAACAAA